UUCGAGUGGAUGAGAAAGGCCGAGUGUGACUUCAUCAACGGCACCGAGCGGGUGAGGUACGUGGAGAGGCACAUCUACAACCGGGAGCAGCAACUGCACUUCGACAGCGAUGUGGGGGUCUAUGUGGGGGACACCCCGUUUGGGGAGAGCUGGGCCAGGUACUGGAACAGCAACCCGGCAGAACUGGAGUACAGACGGACUCUGGUUGACUCGUACUGCCGGUACGACUACAAGAUUGUCACCCCGUUCGGCGUGGAGAGGAGAGGGGUGUUCCAGUGGAUGGGAAAGGCCGAGUGUCACUUCAUCAACGGCACAGAGUGGGUGAGGUACGUGGACAGGUACAUCUACAACCGGGAGCAGUACGCCCACUUCGACAGCGAUGUGGGGGUCUUUGUGGGGGACACCCUGUAUGGAGAAUUCUGGGCCAGGCAAUGGAACAACAACCCCGAAAUUCUGGAGUACGAACGGGGUGAAGUGGACAGGCUCUGCCGGCACAACUACAAACUUGGUGCUCCGUUCAGUGUGGAGAGGAGAG